UUUUCACUGACUUCAUUCAUCACAGUGCUGGACAGACAUGCAGCAAGAGAGCAACCUACUGCCUUCACUCAGGGACUGAGCCUCUGGGCCAUUACAGCACAAAAAUGGACUAAAGAAAAUAUCAAAUGUCAAAUGUUUUUGGUCUGUUAUAAACUGCAGCCAUAAAAACAAGAAGCAUGGAGGAUUCGAGAAGAAGCAGAUGUAACAGCCUUGAUACCGGCUCCUUCUUUGACAAGUCGGUGUUGAACCAUGGCGCCUUUGUAAGCUUUGACCCUGAAGUCUCUGAGCCUCUGAUUGGCCAUGAGCCCACCCCAGCAGAGGUGGCUCAGUGUGAAGCAGAAGUGGGCACCCUCCUUAACAUCAUUGCUGAACUGAACAAAAAGAUGGGGUCUCUUAAGGCUCCAAGGGUUCACUCUUUCAGUGAACCAGGAGACAUGAGAUCACCACGUCCUUCCAGACCUCUGGUUCCUCCAGAUCUUUUGUCUCACCAGCUGCUCAGAGGCAGCCCGGAUCGCACCUCCGCUUCUGCCGUCAUGUCUAGACAUCCAGCAACUGACCAAGGGGGCAGUGUUGUCGUCUGGACACAGCUGCAGGAGGUUUUGUCUUCUGUAGAGGACUCAAUCAGCUUCAGAAGGACCUGGGCAGCUCCAAUCACUGCCUCUGACCAGAACAGGGACACAGAGCACCUAAGAGCUGCUCAGGAGAACUGGACUAAAGCCACCCAGAUGCUGGAGGAAAUGGAGAGAGAAUUUGGGAUUUCUUGUUCUUUGGAAAUACCAAAGGACCAGAACUUGGAAGACUUGCUAGAUCUAGAAAAACAGGAUUCUGUUCCUAAAAACGACAGUCAGAAUAACAGUGAGGAGCAGCAGAGGGCUAUAAGAAAGUUUUACUCACAGGAAGAGGAGAAAAACAAGUUGGCUGGUCUCCACAAGUCCUGGAAGUCUGACAGAUAUUCUCCUUCAUACCGGCCUCCUUCAGGGCUUCGAAGUCCAGACAGACCACCUCCUUCCUACCCUGGUUCCCCUUUACUGCACAGAAGAACAUCCAGGGCGACAACACCUCUGUCUCUCAGCGGGGAUGUGUCUUCUCUGGGCUCUGUCACCUCUAGCAGUCCCUGUCCCAGCCCCAUCAGCCUGGAGUCAGAGACCGAGCGACUGAACAGAUGCAUUGAGAGACUGAAGGCCAGAAACGAACGUCUGACUGCGGCUCUGGAGCGAAGGAAGGUGGAUUCAGAGCAGAUCAACUUGAAACUGAGCAGAUUAGAAUCUCACUGCUCCGCACUGCAGCUGGCGCUCAGAUACUGUGAGGAGUGUGAGGAGGCCUACGCUGAGCUGUUGUUUCUUUACGAAGCAAAGGUGCAUCAAAUCCUCCCCCUGCAGAUACAUCCAGCAGAACCAGGUUGUGAAACACGGCAGAUGGAUGAUCCAUCAGUUCAGAGCCAGGAGAUGGGAACUGAGGAGUUAUCCACCUCCUUUUCCUCAGCUCGAGUCACAGAGGAGACAAAGAGUCACCUGAGGCAGAGAACUCAAGAACCAACAGAGCGGGUAGCAGCUCUCCGACAACAAAUCGAGCGACUGAAGAGGGAGCGAGCAGCCAUUUGUCUACCGAAACCAGGUCCAGGAGGGGAGGUCAAACUAAGCUCAGAACCGGGUCAAGCAGCCGGGACCAGAUGGGGCUAUGCGAUGAAGGAUAACACCAAUCCUUCUGAGAGCAAGAGGGAGAAAGCUUCGAUGUUUUAUGAACUGAUCUCAGUCCGGGAGGAGAUGUCAGAUCUUCGAUCUUUAAUCCGCCUGAAGGAGAAGGAGCUGAGAUGCCUCGAAUGGAGUUUAAUGGGACUAAAGUCCCAGGAAGCAGCAGGAGUUUUCAUCCCAGAAAUCCUCAAAGGAGAGGCAGAAGAUCGGAAGACUGAGCAGAGGUUUGCUGAAGAUGGAGCUAAAGCUGUCUGUGACACUGAAAUCACAAGUUCUUUGACCCGACCCAUUCUGAAAGAGCUGCAGGUGGUCCUACAGAGAGAACAGGCUCUGAAGAGGAGGCUAGCCAUGGUCCAUGACCCCCUGAGCACAGCUCUCUCUGAUGCUUCCCCCGACAGGAAGGACAAUGCAGAGCAGAUUGCUCGUCUUACACAGGCGCACAGUAAAGCCUUGAGUUCCUACAGGCAGAUUCGCAGGAAGUAUCGAGAGCAGGUGUGGAAGCUGGAGCAGAAGGUUGCAGCCAUGAUGGAGAAUCAACACAGCCAGAGUGAAGCAGCCAAAGCUGCAGGGGAAGGAUCGGAGUGGAGGAGGGAAGAGACUGUUUUAUAAGACAAUUAUAGCUCAGCCGAAGAAUCAGUCAAAUCCAGGAAGCUUUUCACAUGAGCUGUAUGUGCAAAUCUGAUGUAUAAAUCAUGUUAUUUUUAACAGUUUUUCUUAUAUCCUGCAUAUUAUUAAAGCAACAGGAAUUACUGGCGCCACUGCAAAUGGCUGACCUUUAAAAUAAAGAAAUAAUUAAUGGAAAAUAAUUAUUCUUAAGAACUCAGAGGUGCCAAACUAAUUGACACUUUCCUUCUGACACUUUGAACAACUCUCAUUAGCUCCCAACCUUUCUACUGGAUUCAGGUUUAUGGACUGUGACAGCAAACUAAAAUGGUGGAGUGGUGCACUAUGUUGAUUUCCUAUCCACCUUGCCAAAACUGCAAAUUUUUGGUGAAAUCCACAGUUUCUUCUUCAAAAUCUCAUAUUACUAUAAGAAAAAACUCCUAAUAUUAGUCUCGAGCCCUUUGCAAGUGAAAGCUUCUAACAUAUGCAUACUGCCAUAAUAAAUAAUUUGUGUAUUUAA